AUGGAACAGCAGGUUUUGCAGCACGUGCUCUCGACGCCAGGAACCAAGGGCUCGCCAGAGAAAGUACUCCAGGCCAUAGACGAGUUUGCCCAAAAAAGGCGGUUGAUGAUUGUGGGGCGCCAGAAGGGCCUGUUGGUUUUGGACGCCAUUCGCGAAAAGGAGCCCGCGAUCAUGGUGGAGUUGGGCUGCUACGUGGGAUACUCGGCCAUUCUCUUUGGCGCCGAGUUGGCGACACAAAACGAGAAGUACUCCGAGAAUUACAACACGCCGGCGCGGUACUACAGUUUUGAAAUCUGCCCGGAGUUUGCCGCCGUCGCCCGGCAGAUGGUGGAGCACGCCGGGCUUUCUGGCACCGUAGAAAUCAUCGUGGGCCCCGCCGGCCGCACGCUCCCCCAGUUCCAGCACCGGCUCAAGGAGCAGUUCCACAAAUACACGCCGGUGGAUGUUGUGUUUGUGGACCAUGCCAAGGAAUUGUACGUGCCGGACUUCCGGGUGUUGGAGUCGCAGGGCUUGAUUGCGCCCGACACCGUGAUCGUGGCAGACAACAUCUUUUUGCCGGGUGCCCCGGACUACGUGCAAUAUGUGCAGAGCAGUCCGGAGUACCGCCGCGACCAUAACCAGAGGACCAUAAACGUAAGCAACGCCGAGUGCGAGGGCCGGUGGAAUCUUCUAUAUGACUCGCGGACCGUGCCUGUGGAAGACCCCGAGACGGGGCGCCGCGAUGCUGUCGAAAUCACCCGAUGCGUGUCUUACUUAUCUGGGUGA